UACAUUGUGUUAUACCGUUACACCCGACAGCAGUUCGAGUUUUUGUCUCGCAGACGUUCGAAGUAUUCAUUUACCUGCUUUUUGUAAUAGAUCGAAUAUAUUUAUUAAGCUCGUGGAAUUUGACAACGUCUGUUUGAAAUUUUUAUAAUUCAUCGUAAUACACAAAAUAUAAAUUAAAUUUUAAAAGUUCCUUGCUGAAAUAUCGUAAAGAUGGAUGACUAUUGGGAAAGUGAAACUAUAUCAACAGUAACAGGACCCAAACCGCUAUCUUCGCUUGGCAUAACAUUAACACACGAACAUAUAUUUUGUAACUUUACUAAUUGUUUUACGCCAGCUCCGUGUAUGAACCCUUUUGCAAAUUACCAAGCCAAAUUUUCAUUUAAGAAUUUGAACCAGUUUAAUCAAUAUCCGUACAGCAGUCUGUAUAAUUUGACACUUAAUGACGAAGACACGAUUCAGAACAUGCAAAAUGAAUUAAAAAUCUUCAAAAACUUUAAUGGUUGUACCAUCGUAGAGAAUAGCAGCAGUGGUCUACAAUUCGAUCGUUUAUUGUUAAAACAGAUUAGCGAAGAAAUAAAAAUUAACAUAAUUUUUGGAACAGGAUAUUAUACUGCAAAGGUGCAAAAUACGUUAGACUUAGAAACAACUAAAGAAGAUAUGAUUUCAUGGAUGACUUGGUGUUUAGGUGGUCUGCCCACCAAGAUUCCAGAGUUGAAGAAAUACGAAAUGAAAGCAGGAUUCAUUGGCGAAGUAGGCAGUACAUGGCCAAUCCAAGAUUUUGAAAGGCGUUCCAUUAGUGCGACUGGUGAAGUUCAACAGGAAUUUCAUUGCCCUGUUAGCUUUAAUCCUGGCUUGAAUCCAUCUGCACCUUCAGAGAUAUUACGAAUCUAUCAAGAAUCCGGAGGAGAUGCUCGUAAAGCCGUCAUAUCCCAUGUCGAUUGUAUUUUCAACAAUGAGGAGCAAGUCAUGGAAUUUCUCGAUUUGGAGGAUACUUAUAUUGGAUUGUCCAUGUUUGGUACCGAGUGUUCUUUAUAUAAUCCCGAUAUGCAAGAGAAUAUAUUAUCAGAUGCACAACGCGUUGCACUACUCUCACUAUUAAAAGAAGAACAAAGAUUGGACCGAGUUCUAAUAAGUCAUGGUAUUCACACUAAAAAUAGAUUGAAAUGUUAUGGCGGCCAUGGAUACUAUCACAUUCUUGAGAAUAUUUUGCCUUACAUGCAUGCAAAAAAAUUUACCGAAAGUGACAUAAAUAUGUUACUGGUUGAAAAUCCUAGAAGUUGGCUUACUUGGCAUCUGAAUACUUAGGCCAAACGACGUUAAUAAAAAAGAAAUUAGACUUCAAAAUUUUUUAAAUUUUUUAAUUGUUUUAAUUAUGUGAGUUACUUAAAAGAAUAAAGCACUUUAAUCUUUAA